AUGGAAGAAGAACAGCGACUCCAACGAUGGAUUAUACUGAAAAAAAGAGGCAACAGUGAAAAACGGCGACUUCAACGACGGUUUCAUACUGAGAAAAAAAAGAAAAGAGGUGUUAGUAAUAUCAAAAAAAAAACAAAGCACGACUCAUACACCGACUCCAACAACGAAAUCACACCUGGAAGAAGAACGACGCAACUCCAACGAUGGUUUCAUACUGGAAGAAAAGAGGAGUUAAAGAACAGCGACCCCAAUGAUGGUUUCAAAAAAGAAAAGACAUUAGUAAUAUCAAAAAAAAGAACAACAUAA